AUGAAAAACAGUUUUGAAAUUACAGGUUUUCAAGUUUUUGGUAACUCUGCCAUGGCUUUAAUUCUAAGUUUUAUGUUUUACAAAGUUAUGCUUCAUCCAACUACUGAUACUUUCUGCUAUUGUGGUGCUGCUAUGUUCUUUGCCAUUUUAAUUAAUGCUUUCUCUUCCCUUAUUGAAAUUUUUACCUUAUAUGAACCUAGACCGAUCAUGGAAAAACACAAAUCGUACUCAUUAUACCAUCCAAGUGCUGAUGCAUUCGCUUCUAUUAUAUCGGAAAUACCCCCAAAGUUAAUCACAUCUGUUUGUGUUAACAUCAUUUUCUACUUCUUAUGUAAAUUUAGAAGAAAUGGUCGUGUUUUUUUCUUCUACUAUUUGAUUAGUGUUGUUGCCGUUUUCCCUAUGUCACAUUUAUUCAAAUGUGUCGGUUCCUUAACAAAGACAUUGCAAGAGGCUAUGGUUCCCGCUUCUAUGUUACUGUUAGCUUUGUCAAUGUAUACUGGUUUUGCUAUCUCAAGAACAAAAAUCUUAGGUUGGUCUAUUUGGGUAUGGUAUAUUAAUCCAUUAGCAUACUUAUUUGAAUCAUUAAUGAUUAAUGAGUUCCAUGGUCGCCAUUUCCCAUGUACCGCAUACAUCCCUGUUGGAGGUUCUUAUGAUUCACAAACAGGAACAACAAGAAUUUGUUCUGUUAAUGGUGCUAUUGCAGGCCAGGAUUAUGUUUUGGGUGACGAUUACAUUAAGUCAAG